AUGACCCAGACUUUGCCCCACCAGUCAGUCUUGAAAGUUCUCCUCCCUGGACCCUGUUCCAGACACUUUAAAUCCAGGAGAGAAAAAUGUGUCAAGCCUGCCUAGAGAACGACAUUUGCUUCUAGCCAAGAUCUCAUCACAAAACUAAUGUGGGCCAUGGAACCAGGCCAUCUCAUCUGGGCUCUGUUGUUGAUACAAACUUCAUGGCCCUCUCUGACUAAUGGGGCCACUCGAGUCUACUACUUGGGCAUUCAGGACGUGCAGUGGAACUAUGCUCCCAAGGGAAGGAACAUCAUCAUGAACCAGACUCUGGACAAUGACACAGUAGCUUCCAGCUUCCUAAAAUCUGACAAGAACCGGAUAGGGAGCAGCUACAAAAAAACCAUUUACAAGGAAUACAGAGAUGGUUCAUACAUGGAUGAAAUGGUCCAGCCUGCUUGGCUGGGCUUCUUGGGGCCAGUGUUGCAGGCUGAGGUGGGAGAUGUCAUCCUUAUCCACCUGAAGAAUUUUGCCACUCGUCCCUACACCAUCCACCCCCAUGGUGUUUUCUAUGAAAAGGACUCAGAAGGCUCCUUAUACCCAGAUGGCUCCUCUGGUCAACUAAAAGCUGAUGACUCUGUUCCCCCGGGAGGCAGCCACAUUUACAACUGGACCAUUCCAGAAGGCCAUGCACCCACUGAUGCUGACCCAGCAUGCCUCACCUGGAUCUACCAUUCUCAUGUAGAUGCUCCACGAGACAUUGCAACUGGCCUCAUUGGACCCCUUAUCACGUGUAAAAGAGGAACCCUGGAUGGGAAUUCCCCUCCUCAGCGGAAGGAUGUGGAUAAUGAUUUCUUCCUGCUCUUCAGUGUGGUAGAUGAGAACCUUAGCUGGCAUAUCGAUGAGAACAUUGUCACUUACUGCUCAGAUCCUACCUCAGUAGACAAAGAAGAUGAAGCCUUUCAGGAAAGCAAUAGGAUGCAUGCAAUCAAUGGCUUUGUCUUUGGGAACUUACCAGAUCUAAGCAUGUGUGCACAGAAGCGUGUGGCCUGGCACUUAUUUGGCAUGGGUAAUGAAGUAGAUGUCCACACAGCUUACUUCCAUGGACAGAUACUGACCAUCCGGGGCCACCGCACUGAUGUGGCUCAUAUCUUUCCAGCCACCUUUGUGACUGCUGAGAUGGUGCCUCAGGAACCUGGCACCUGGUUGAUUAGCUGUCAAGUGAAUAGUCACUUGCGAGAUGGCAUGCAAGCACUCUACAAGGUCAACUCUUGCUCCAUGACCCCUCCUAUGAACCAACUCACAGGCAAAGUUCGGCAAUACUUCAUUGAAGCCCAUGAGAUUCAAUGGGACUACGGCCCAAUGGGGCAUGAUGGGAGUACUGGGAAGAAUUUGAGGGAACCAGGCAGUGGCUCAGAUAAAUUCUUCCAGAAGAGUUCCAGUAGGAUUGGGGGCACUUACUGGAAAGUCCGAUAUGAAGCCUUCCAAGAUGAGACAUUCCAGGAAAAGGUGCAGCUGGAGGAAAAUAAGCAUCUUGGAAUCCUGGGGCCAGUGAUUCGGGCUGAGGUGGGUGACACCAUCCAGGUGGUCUUUUACAACCGUGCUUCCCAGCCGUUCAGUAUACAGCCUCAUGGAGUCUUCUAUGAGAAAGACUACGAGGGAACUGUGUACAAUGAUGGCUCAUCCUACCCUGGCUUGGUAGCCAAGCCUUUUGAAAAAGUAACAUACCGCUGGACAGUCCCCUCCCAUGCUGGCCCUACUGCUCAGGAUCCUGCCUGUCUCACCUGGAUGUACUUCUCUGCUGCAGAUCCCAUAAGAGAUACAAAUUCUGGUCUGGUGGGCCCCCUGUUGGUGUGUAAGACUGGUGCCUUGGGUGCAGAUGGCAAACAGAAAGGGGUGGAUAAGGAGUUUUUUCUCCUUUUUACUGUGUUGGAUGAAAACAAGAGCUGGUACAGCAAUGCCAAUCAAGCAGCUGCUAUGUUGGAUUCCCGACUGCUCUCAGAGGAUGUCAAGGGUUUCCAGGACUCCAAUCAGAUGCAUGCCAUUAAUGGGUUUCUGUUCUCUAACCUGCCUAGCCUGGACAUGUGUAAGGGUGACACAGUGGCCUGGCACCUGCUUGGCCUUGGCACAGAGACUGACGUGCAUGGGGUCAUGUUCCAAGGCAAUACUGUGAAGCUUCAGGGCAUGAGGAAGAGUGCAGCCAUGCUCUUUCCUCAUACCUUUGUCAUGGCCAUCAUGCAGCCUGACAACUCUGGUAAGUGCCUUAACAGCUGGCCCCAAGCUGAGACUCUGUUGGGCAUGUAUCCUUGUUCUACUACUCUGCUAAUGAGACUUUCCCUUCUUUUGCAUAUAUUAGGUCCACUUCUCAGAGGAGAGGUUGGUGAUAUCAUGACUGUGGUGUUCAAGAAUAAUGCCAGUCGCCCCUACUCUGUGCAUGCCCAUGGAGUGCUAGAAUCUAGCACUGGUUGGCCACUGGCUGCUGUACCUGGCGAGGUUCUCACUUACCAAUGGAACAUCCCAGAAAGGUCUGGCCCAGGGCCCAAUGAUUCUGCUUGUGUUUCCUGGAUCUAUUAUUCUGCAGUGGAUCCCAUCAAGGACAUGUAUAGUGGCCUGAUUGGACCCUUGACCAUCUGCCGAAAGGGUACCCUGGAGCCCUAUGGAGGACGGAAUGACAUGGACCGAGAAUUUGCUUUGUUAUUCUUGAUCUUUGAUGAGAACCAGUCUUGGUAUCUGGAAGAGAAUGUGGCAACCCAUGGGCCCCAGGAGUCAGGCCGUGUUAACCUACAGGAUGAGGCUUUUCUGGAGAGCAAUAAAAUGCAUGCCAUUAAUGGAAAGCUCUACAGCAACCUCAAGGGUCUUACCAUGUACCAAGGAGAACGAGUGGCCUGGUACAUGCUGGCCAUGGGCCAAGAUAUUGACCUACACACUGUCCACUUCCAUGCAGAGAGCUUCCUUUAUCGGAAUGGAGAGAGCUACCGGGCAGAUGUGGUAGAUCUGUUUCCGGGGACCUUUGAGGUUGUGGAGAUGGUAGCCAGUAACCCUGGGACAUGGCUGAUGCACUGCCAUGUUUCUGAUCACAUCCAUGCUGGUAUGGAGACCCUCUUUACUGUCUUGUCCCAAAGAGAACAUGUAAGCACUAUCACCACCAUCACCAAAGAUAUUGGAAAAGCAACAAUCCUCAGAGACAUUGGAGAAGACAAUGUGAGGAUGCUGGGCAUGCAAAUCCCUGUAAAGAAUAUUGAGAUGCUGGCUUCUGUUUUAAUUGUUAUGAGUGUCAUUCUCCUGCUCAUUGCUCUGGCUCUUAGUGGUGUGGUCUGGUACCAGCAUCGUCAGAGAAAGCUACGACGCAACAGGAGGUCCAUCCUGGAUGACAGCUUCAAGCUUCUGUCCCUCAAGCAGUAA